GUCAGGGGCGGCGCGCGCUCCCCGCUCCCAGGACCGAGCACCUUGCGGCGGGCUUGGCGCCGCAUCGCCGGGUGCAGCGCAGCUCUGGGCAGCGCCGCGGCCUUUCGGCCUCCGAGCUACAGCAGCGGAACCAUUUGAAAGUAAGUUGCAGACAAGACACUGUACCUGUAAAUACUUCAGCAUGUAUCUCCUAAGAACAAAGAUAUUCUCCUAGUUCAGAACAAAGAGGCUGGGCCAGCUGGUGCCAUCAUGGCAGAAAGAGUGAACAACUUCCCACCACUGCCCAAAUUCAUCCCACUGAAGCCAUGUUUCUACCAAGACUUUGAGGCAGACAUCCCUCCCCAGCACCUCAGCAUGACCAAGCGACUCUACUACCUCUGGAUGUUGAACAGCGUCACGCUGGCGGUGAACCUGGUGGGCUGUCUCGCGUGGCUGAUUGGAGGUGGGGGAGCCACCAACUUUGGCCUCGCCUUUCUCUGGCUCAUCCUCUUCACACCCUGCUCCUACGUCUGCUGGUUUCGGCCCAUUUACAAGGCCUUCAAGACUGACAGCUCCUUUAGUUUCAUGGCAUUCUUCUUCACCUUCAUGGCCCAGCUGGUCAUCAGCAUCAUCCAGGCUGUGGGCAUCCCAGGCUGGGGCAUCUGCGGCUGGAUUGCCACCAUCUCCUUCUUUGGAACAAACGUUGGCUCAGCGGUGGUGAUGCUCAUUCCCACCAUCAUGUUCACAGUUGUGGCUGUCUUUUCCUUCAUUGCCCUCAGCAUGGUUCAUAAAUUCUACCGGGGCAGUGGGGGAAGUUUCAGCAAAGCUCAGGAGGAGUGGACCACGGGGGCAUGGAAGAACCCACACGUGCAGCAAGCAGCCCAGAAUGCAGCCAUGGGGGCAGCCCAGGGUGCCAUGAAUCAGCCGCAGACUCAAUAUUCUGCCACCCCCAACUACACAUACUCUAAUGAGAUGUGAGCCAGCCAAGCCUACUGGGAGGCAGGGCUGGGGGAUGAUGGAAUGGGGCUCAAGUCACAUAAUCUGUUGUGGUGACCAAGCAGGGUUCUCCCUUUCCUUUUCUCCUCUUUGUACAAAGAAAAAGAAAGAAAGAAAGAAAAUAUAUAUAUCCCCUGCCCCUUUGGAUUUUGCUCUGAGCAUUCUGAGAGCUAUAGGCUGCACAUGGAACUGCCCCAUGUUGCGGUAGUAGUUGUGUCCAUGUCCCAUGUAAAGUAGUGUGCAGUGGAGGUCUCUGUUGUGGUGCUAGAUGUAUAUUUAGAACUAAAUCAGCCGCCCACCCUCCAUCUGGCUACUCCCUCUGACCUUGGCCCAAGGACCCCUCAUGGGACAGGAGGCAUAGCUGAGAGAGCCUGGCCCCCUCCCCAGGAUUAUGGGUUGAAACUGUUUCCACUUUUGGUCUUAUUGGGAAGUGACACUGUUUAGCACUCUUGGUAGUGG